UUAUGUUUUUACCCAUUUUCCUCAAGGGUUUCCGAAGCUCGCGUGAGGUAGACUGCGCUCUGCAGAGAGAAUUACAUCACACAGACAUGAAAAUAGUGAACAGGUAAUUCUUAAUCAAUGUCAGUUUUCAAUCAAGCUGACCACGCGAAUGAAGGACAGCGAAUUGAGGCUAUUUAAAACGCCCAGAACGACCCGUUUGCCUGUUGCGCACGCUACGUUGUGUCUGAAUUUAUGGGAACAUGUCCAAGAAAAAGGGCAGGAAGCGUAGUAGCGGGGAGCUGAGUGAAACUCUGACCCCUGACCCCAACAACCUCCUUGGCAUGAGGAUUCAGCACAGCUGGAGGGAGAAGGGGGCGCUGACCAAGUGGAAGGGGACCGUGCUCGACCGGCUGAGCGUCAACACCUCGCUCUACAUGGUCAAGUACGACGGCUUCGACUGCGUCUACGGCAUCGAGCUCUUCAACGACGAGCGGGUGUCCAACCUGCAGGUCCUCACAGAGAAAGUGGUGAACAACAAGAUCAAGGUUCCACAUGAUGCGGAGGAGCUGGUGGGGAAGGCGGUGGAGCACCUGUUUGAGAAGGAGGACGGGGAGAAGAACGAGUGGCGGGGCAUGGUGCUGUCCAGGGCGCCCAUCAUGACCAACUGGUACUACAUCACCUACGAGAAGGACCCCGUCCUCUACAUGUACCAGCUGUGGGACGACUACAAGGACGGGGACCUGCGCAUCUUACCAGAAGCAGAGAACAAGCACCUGCUACCAGCUGACAGGAAGCCAGGCGAGGAAACAGAGAGCCUUGUGGGUAAGCAGGUGGAGUACGUGACCGACAAGGGGGUGAAGAGAACCGGGCUGGUCAUCUACCAGGUCCCCGCCAAGCCGUCCGUCUACUACAUCAAAUACGACGACGACUUUCACAUCCACGUCUACGACCUGGUCAAGACGUCUUAAAAACGUCCUAAAAGGACCCGCCCACGCAUCCCCAUCGCUCACCCGCCAUUGCCUGUCAUUCUUCUCCGGUCCCCUUCCCAGUGCUUUAUGGGAAAUGUUGUCCAGCUGUGUAGUCCUCUGCGCAAACAGCGGCCCGCAUUGGCUGUUUUACCACCGGUGGCCACCAGAGGGAGCCAGAGCCGCUGCUGGGUUGAAGUGGGUCAGCUUCAUUAGCGGAGGUAGAAGUUUCCAAUUUAUGUAAGUGGAAAGACGGAUAUUUCAAGGGGGAAAGGCAAAUUCAAAGAUUUCUUGUGUGAAUAUAUGUGAUUAACUAUAUUUAUUCCUGUCAGAUGUUUCUAAACAUUGGGAUGGAGACUGGAGUCUGUUCCUAAUCAGAUUUGGCAGUCAUUAAAAUGAGAUGCCGCAAACUUGGAAUUAGGUCGUAAUUGAAUACAGCCCCAUCAUAAGAAGUCUCUAUGGUUGUAAAUUGAAGGUUCAGCUUUAUUCAAAAGGUCAGUAAUGCUUUGUAAAUAGUGAUGAAAAACGGUAUUGUCGAUUCCAUGCAACCUGAUUUAUCGACCGUAAAGGCUUUUUUUUUCCUGCACAGUAACAAGAUACAGCCAUGGUAAUGCCGAUAAUGCCAGUCCAUAAAUCCGCUCUUACCGGAAACUUCUACUGCUUCCGUUCAGAUGCUGGAAUCCAGCUUAAACAGGGGUGUAGGGAUUCUCAUUAUCUCAUUAUCUUUAAGAUCCUGUUCAUUGUUUCUGAAGUUGUGCAAGUAAUAGUAAAAAUUAACGCUAGCUUUAAUUAAAUUCCACAUUCAAGUUUUCACUGAAUUCCAGCCGUAGCCUGUUGUUGGGGCCCCCGUCGGUUAAUAGGAGAACUUGGGUGAACAGUUGAGGACGCUGGAUUUUUUAACGUGGCUCCGACUCCGCGCCUUUUUGCGAAGAUGGACCAGAUGUGUCCAAAAAAAAAAAAAAAAAAAAAAGAAAGAAAAAAAGUAAAAACUUAAAGCCACACCUCACAACUCCACGAUAAGGACUCUCAUUCAAUACACAAGAUUGCUUUACAGUCAUAGUCAUUUACAUUACAUUACAUUCAUUUGGCAGACGCUUUUAUCCAAAGCGACGUACAAAAAGUGCAUUUCCCCUUGGAGUCAUUUAUUACUCACCGAGUUUCAAAAUAAGCGUUCAAAUCCCGUCGACUUUCAUUCACUUGUAAGUGAACGCUUUUUUUUUGUCCUCAUAGCUGUUCCAACUAAAUACUUAAUAUCCCGAGCAAUAUAAAUAAAUAGUGGAGGCUUGUUUUGGUUACAGCUGAAGCUAUAACCGGAAAAAGACAUAAGAAACAAACAAACAAGUCCGUCCUAGAUUGAUACGAAAACACUUAUUUGCCCGUGCUUAGAUUCGUGAGUUGGGCUGCACUGGUUGUGCGCGGUGUUGAGGAUCGUCCCCAAAGUAAUCGAACAUCUCCGCACGAAAGUUAGAAAACCGCAUUCGACAAAUUAACGGAGGAAUGAAUGUAUAUAAAGCUGCGGGAACUGGGAGCAUUUUAUACCGCCAGCUCUGGUGACUUGCAAUAUUAAUGUGGGACGAUUGUUUAGCUGUUAUGACAUGCGAACGGCGAAAGCGGCUGCAUCCUGGGUUGAGAACUGUAACACGGUGGCGGUAAAGGAUAGUGAAGGAUAGUAGGCCUAGAACGUAGCUGAGCCCGAAAUAAGACAAGAUGACAAGAUGGGACCACAGCGGUAGCUAGGGUCCAGCAGGCUGGACCUGGAACUGUUUCCAGUGCGAGUUAGACUUUAUUGGAAGUGCCCAGGGUCCCUUUUUAACAAAAGUAUUUAAAAAAAACUCUAGAACCGUUAUGAAUUUAAAACCGACGAUGCCGACCGGAGACGCGCGCAGUACUGUAGCCAUGGCAACACCGUUGGGUGGAAGACAUUAUUCCUCUCCCUUAUUUAAUGCACCCCCCCCCAAUCCACCCCAAGCACUUUGCCAACAUUGAGACAAACAACCUCACAUACUCACCAGAUAUUAAAUUCUGCUCAUCUCUUACAAAACAGGUUGCUGAAGCCAGGCAGAAAACACACACACACACACAUGCACACACAUGCACAGGCGCACACACACACAGAGACAUACACACAGACAUACUCUCUCACACACACACACACACAUAUGCUCACAGACAUAUACACACACAUACAUACUCUCUCUCUCACACACACACACACACACUCACUAAACACACACACAAUAUUAAAAUGUCAGUACCACAGAGUUGUAUAUAAGUCUGAGUCAUAAUGGAAAAGGAGCGUAUAGUUAGUAUAUUGUGAGCAAUCAUAAUACAGAAUCGGUCUUUUGUGCAAAUGUACAUUUAAUUUAAGUGUUGUCCAGAUGGUUAAGUUGACAGAAAUUUGAAAAAGGAAAAAAAAGAAAAAAAAAA